AACAUUUCUUCGCUUGCAGACCGGAAGGGGGAAGAGUCGCUGAGUGGGAGACCCAGGCGGGACUUAGGGCAGCCGGCCCUAGCAUCUGGAGAUUUCCUUCGCUGGCCGGCCGCCUCGCGGGUGCUGGGGUUCAUCCGGUCGUCGCGCAGCUCCUCGUGAUAGCCUCCAUCCCCUCACCCCAAGAUAAAGCCAGGCGAGUGGGUCCCGUCGCUACCCUGCACAAAGAAAGCCCGGCAGCCCCACGGCAGCCGAGGGCACUUGGUGUUUAGUUUCUGGCCCCAGGGCAGCGGCACCCGAAGCCCGGCUGCGCGCCGACGCGGCCGGUUCGGGGCAGUCGCUUCCUGCGGGGCAGGGAGGGGGCGGGAGGCAGUCUUGUCCGCUCGCCGCCGCCCGAAGCUGCACCUGCCCCGGAGGAUGCCCAGGAGCCCGCCCGAGCCUCCCCGGAUCAGAACUUUUUAGGCUGCUCGCCCCCAUCCCUGCAGUCCCCGGGCCGCGCACCGGCAGGCGGGGGCGAGGGGGCGCCGCCGCGCGAGUCCCCCUCCGGUCCCCCUCCCCCUUGGCUCGGCCGCCCGCCGCUUUGUUCCGGGCGCGCGGAGGGAAGGCGAGGCUGCGGCGGAUCAUGCCCAUGGUGUAGCCGCCAAGCGGAGGCAUGGCUGCCGGAAGGUUACUGCUCUAUACGGGCCUUUCGCUAGCGCUCUGCGCCCUCGGCAUGCUAGCCGUGGCCAUCUGCUCGGACCACUGGUACGAGACGGACGCCAGGAAGCACAGGGACAGGUGCAAGGCCUUCAACACCCGCCGGGUCGACCCCGGAUUCAUUUACAACAACAACAACAACUUGCCGCUCCGGGCGAGCCGCUCGCGCCUGGACCGCUGGGAGGGCAAACUCCUCCGGGCCCGGAACCGCCGGCAGCUCUUCGCCAUGAGCCCGGUGGACGAGUGCAGCCGGCAGUACAACUCCACCAACAUGGGUCUCUGGAGGAAGUGCCACCGGCAGGGCUUCGACCCCGAGAUCGCAGCCCUUAUUCGGAAAGGAGAAAUUGAACGAUGCACGUACAUCAAAUACCACUACUCCUCAGCCACCAUCCCCAGGAACCUCACUUUCAACAUCACGAAGACCAUCCGUCAGGACGAGUGGCAUGCCCUUCAUCUGCGCAGGAUGACAGCCGGCUUCAUGGGCAUGGCGGUGGCCAUCAUCCUCUUCGGCUGGAUCAUCGGCGUGCUGGGCUGCUGCUGGGACCGGGGCCUUAUGCAGUAUGUGGCAGGGCUUCUCUUCCUCAUGGGAGGAACCUUCUGCAUCAUUUCACUGUGCACCUGUGUGGCCGGAAUCAACUUCGAGCUGUCACGCUACCCGCGCUACCUGUAUGGACUCCCCGAUGACAUCAGCCACGGCUACGGAUGGUCCAUGUUCUGUGCGUGGGGGGGCCUGGGCCUCACACUCAUCUCGGGGUUCUUCUGUACCUUGGCCCCUUCUGUCCAACCUGUCCCGAGGACCAACUGCCCUAAAUCCAGACCCGAGAACGGGACAGUGUGCUAAAAAACAAACCCAUACCUAUAUAUAUAUAUAUAUAAAUAUAUAUAUAAUAUACAUAUAUAAAACAAAACUAACUCAAGAGGAUGCCAUCAGGCACCCACAUCUCGCUGGACUUUGUGUCACCUCAUCACCGGGAUGGGGAAAGUAUUCCCAUCACGUGGCUCUUCCAUCCUUUCUUGACUCUUGGCUCCAUGGUUUCUUGAAGACAGA